AUAAAAUGACAUUAAAUACAACUCUUUCAAGCUGUCAACAAGAUGGAAUCGUCGGCGGUGGAACUUAGCCAGCUAUCGCCGCUGAUUUCGGUCGGUUGCUGCUUCAUUUUGUCUAUAAUCUAUGUCUCCAGUCUAUACGUGUGGAAUUCGGAUCAAAACAGGGACCAUCCGUCGACGGUGAAACGACGGUUUUUCAGUGUUUUCAUUGUUAUGUUAUUAUCGCCGGCGUUUGUUUACAAGUUUUCACUGGGCGCAAAAGUAUUCAAAGACGUAACACUAGCAGCGAUACUUGGUUUCCGCACGGAAGGAUUUUUAUUGGCAACUAUAGUUCCUAUUUUAUUGACGUCGCUUUUAUUCCUAGGACCGUUGGUGGCACAGGCAUUCAAUGAAUCAUGGAGGGUCAGUGUGUCGCAUAACAAUUGGCUCAAUAAUUUCACCAAUGUCCUAUGGCUUCGUAACUUUCUUGUGGCUCCACUAUCCGAAGAGUUCACAUUCCGUGCAUGCAUGAUGCCAUUGCUGUUACAAUCGUUCACACCAUCUACAGCAGUUUUGAUAACGCCAUUAUUUUUUGGUGUUGCGCACUUUCAUCAUAUGAUCGAACGAUUACGAUCUGGUAUGGAUAUGAAGACUGCAAUAAUUAUUUCAUGUUUUCAGUUUACAUAUACAACAAUAUUCGGAUUUUACUCUGCGUACCUGUUCGUUCGAACGGGCCAUUUUGUAGCGCCAUUCGUUGCUCAUGCAUUUUGCAAUCAUAUGGGCUUCCCAGACAUCAAUGAUGUCAUCCUACAUAAAAAUUAUAUGCGUUAUGUAUUGAUAGCACUUUAUGUGACUGGAUUAGUACUAUGGAUUUUAGUUUUGCCGGUGGCUACCACACCUAGUUUCUACGCAAAUAACUUGUACUGGAAAACAUAGUUAAAUUUCUGGAAUUAACUUCUUGUUUGGUGUUAAAUUGACGUGACAGUAUAUGAUUUACGAGGCAUUUUCUUUUGAUAACUAUUUUGGUUAAUGAACUAAUGACUUUAUAUUAGCAGAACUGAUUAUUUUGUAUUAAUAUUGAAUUAUAUCUUAAAAUAUAUGUUUUCAUAUUUUAGA